AUGACAAUCAAAACAAAAAGUCUCGAUGUUGUUAUCACUGAUAGAGGCGGGAUUGUUGAAAAUCGACAUUUGGUGCACGCAGCGGUUGUCGAUUCGACCGGAAGACUUCUGUUCUCUGUCGGUGAUCCAACACGCAUGACUUUAUCCCGAUCUGCCGCAAAGCCUAUUCAAGCCCUGGCAAUUCUGGAAACUGGCGGAUGCGAUCAAUUCAAUUUCGACGAAGCCGACCUAGCAUUGAUGUGCGCCUCGCACAACAGCGAGGAGAGACAUGUCUCUCGCGCUCGUGAAAUGCUCACUAAAGUGAAUGCCAACGAAGCUAAUCUUCGUUGUGGUGGUCAUACUGCUCUUUCCGACAUCGUCAAUCGUGCUUGGAUCAAAAGUGAUUAUGUCCCCACUGCUGCAUGCAGUAAUUGCUCGGGAAAGCACGUCGGUAUGCUGGCUGGAGCGAAGGCACUCGGUGCCACAACAGAAGAUUAUCAUAUGCCGAAUCAUCCUAUUCAAAAGCAGGUUCGACAUGUUUUUGAAGAACUCUGUUAUCCAGAUGAAAAGGAUGUACCUUGGGGGCUUGAUGGCUGUAACCUCCCGGCACCGGCGACCUCUCUUCGCCUGCUCGGCAAACUAUAUGCUAUGAUUUCCGCUUCGCCAGAUAAUGUGGAUAAGAGAUUUCCUAAUCAGAAUAUGACCGAUCAGCUUCGCACACGAUCGCUGAGCCGGAUCUUCCAUGCCAUGGCGCGAUAUCCCGAGCUUGUUGCCGGCGAGGGUCGUUUCUGUACAGAGCUCAUGCGCGCAUUCCAAGGGAAUUUGAUCGGGAAACUUGGUGCAGAUGGCUGCUAUGGAAUCGGAAUUCGGGAGUCGGAGCAGACACGAAAGCUAGGGGCUGAUGGUGGGCUUGGAAUUUCAGUCAAAAUUGAAGAUGGAAAUAUCAAUAUCCUAUAUGCAGCAGUGACAGAGAUCUUGGAGCAAUUACAGAUCGGGACACCAAAAGUGCGCCAGGCCCUCGAACAUUUCCACCACCCGAAGAUUUGCAACACUGUUGGUGUUGUCACAGGUUGUGUGUCUCAUUCGAUUGCUGUGUGUCCUGCAUUAUGA